UAUCAAAGUUACCUAAAAUACCCCUAGAAUAUGCAGAGUGCUCCUUCCGUGGAUAGGCAAUUUAGUCCCAAAAAAAACAUACAACGGCUAAUGUCAUGCGAUAUAGCCGUUGGAGAAGGGGUUUUACAGUAGUGCAAACCCUAGAAUUCUGAAAAAAAUUUAUAUAAAUCCAUCAAUGAACUGAGAAGAAACUCAUCAAUCUCUCUCUUUCUUUCUCUCUCUAAGUUUCUCAAGCAAACCAACAAGCGAUUUCAUCCUCGUGAUUUAUAUUUUUCUGGGCAAUUAUAACUGUUUCAUUUGAAUUUGUUAAUCUAUAACCUGAUUUUGAUUUUGCAGAGUUUCUUAAUCAAGUUUUCUGAUUCUUUUGUUUGUUAUCUUUGUUCUUGUCAAUAUUUGUGUUUUUUUUUUGUGCUAACGUAAUGGAUGCAGGAUCAUACUCUGCCUCAUCGAAUAAGAAACAAUCUCGUUGCCCUCUCCAGGAACAACUUCUUCAACGUAAAAAUUCUCGUGAUAAUUUGGAUAGGUUUAUUCCAAAUCGAUCAGCGAUGGAUUUCGACUAUGCACAUUACAUGCUAACAGAGGGAAGAAAAGGUAAGGAAAACCCAGCUGUAAACUCUCCCUCCAGAGAGGCAUACAGGAAGCAGCUUGCAGAAACUUUUAACAUGAACAGGACUCGCAUUCUGGCCUUCAAGAACAAGCCACCCACUCCUGUUGAGGCCAUUCCUAAUGAGUUUGCCGCUGUUCAACAGGUCAAAACUGCAAAACCCCGUCGAUACAUUCCUCAGACCUCUGAGAGGACAUUAGAUGCUCCAGAUAUCAUGGAUGAUUACUAUUUGAAUUUGUUAGACUGGGGCAGCAGCAAUGUUCUUUCCAUUGCUCUUGGUGGCACUGUAUAUCUGUGGGAUGCAUCUGAUGGUGCUACUUCAGAGCUAGUCACUGUUGAUGAAGAAAAUGGCCCUGUUACAAGUAUUAAAUGGGCCCCUGAUGGUCGACAUAUUGCUGUUGGUCUUAACAGUUCUGAAGUUCAGCUUUGGGAUACCACAGCAAAUCGACUUUUGAGAACUUUGAAAGGCGGUCACCGAUCCCGAGUUGGUGCUCUAGAUUGGAACAAUCACAUUUUGACAACUGGGGGAAUGGAUGGUCAAAUCAUAAACAAUGAUGUGAGAAUAAGAAAUCCCAUUGUUGACACUUUCCAAGGACAUCAUCAAGAAGUCUGUGGUCUAAAAUGGUCAGCUUCUGGCCAGCAGUUAGCUAGUGGUGGAAAUGACAACCUCCUCCACAUAUGGGACAGAUCAACUGCUUCUUCCAACUCUACAACACAGUGGCUUCACAGGCUGGAAGAUCACACAGCUGCUGUUAAAGCCCUUGCUUGGUGCCCUUUCCAGGGUAACUUAUUGGCCUCUGGUGGUGGUGGAAGUGACAGGUGCAUAAAGUUCUGGAAUACCCACACUGGUGCUUGCUUGAAUUCAAUUGAUACAGGAUCUCAGGUUUGUUCCCUGCUGUGGAACAAGAACGAACGUGAGCUGCUAAGUUCUCAUGGUUUCACUCAGAAUCAGCUCACCCUUUGGAAAUACCCUUCUAUGGUAAAGGUAGCUGAGCUUACUGGCCACACAUCCAGAGUGCUUUUCAUGGCUCAGAGUCCAGAUGGUUGCACAGUUGCAUCUGCAGCUGGAGAUGAAACUCUCAGAUUCUGGAAUGUAUUUGGGACUCCUGAAGUAGCAAAACCUGCACCAAAGGCAAAUCCUGAACCAUUCGCUCACCUGAACCGUGGUAUUCGCUGAAUGACUAUGGAAAGUUGCAUGCUGAAGAUUUCUGUACAGUCAAUACAUAUAUACUGGAACAAAAGAUUGUUGACUGAAGAACAUAUAUACUGGAACAAAAGACUGCUGACUGAAGAAGACAAUUGUAAAUUCAGUUGAAAUUUCAUUAACGUAUUGGAUGGAAUCCUGGACGGGACCAACUGCUGUAUGUAGAAGAGAUUCUUUUUUUCUUUGUUUGAUAUUUUGAUUCUAUUACAGUGGCUGCACACCAAUAGUGACAAAAGGCCUUGUCCAGAAAUAAUCCCCUUGUACAGUUUUCUGAUGAUGAUGUAUUUCUCAAUACAUAAAUAUGACUUAGUAUUUAUCAAUACAACAAAAACGUGAUUGAUUUAGUUGAAA